CAAAACCACAUUCUUCUGCUUCACCUUAUGUUUACCUCACUCAACCUCUCUCUCUCUCUCUCUCUCUCUCUUGUUAACAUGAGUUCGAGUGGUUGAGUUUUCACUGUUACCUCAUUUUCUUUCUCCUUUUGAAAAUGGUAUUGCUACAUUUGUGCCAUUACUAACUGCACCAUUUUCUGUUGCUCUCCUACAAUUAUCUAUAUUUAUUCUUCGAUUUUGAAGUUUUAACUAUUUGAGGUUUAGUUUAUGCGUCUUCAUCUCCAUGGAUCAAUGUGGCAUUGCUUUCACCUUUAGUAAUGUAAUUCAUUCUAGCUAGCUACAAUUUUGCAAUAAAAAUAACUUCUUUGUAAUUUUGAUUGUGUUCUAGCAUUGCACAUUUGGUUUGAUGUAAGAAAUGGCUUUAGGUGUGAGGAUGAAAACUGAGAAAAGCCCUUCGAUUGAGGUUGACUACGUUGUUCACAUAGUGGAAGUGAAGCCAUGGCCUCCUUCUCAGUCUCUGAGAAGAUUAGGCUCUGUUGUGAUUCAUUGGGAGCAUAGUGAUGGGAGCUGUGGCUUCACCAAUCAAGCUGUGCCUGGAAAUGGAAGAAUUGAAUUCAAUGAAUGUUUUGGAGUGAGGGAUAAUGGGGAUGCUUCUUGCAUUGAGUUUAAUCUGUAUGAGCCAAGAUGGGACAAGGGUUUGAAAGGGCAGCUGCUGGCAAGUGUAGUUCUUGAUUUGGGUGCUUAUGGUGUUGUUGAGAAAGGUUUGAGCAUUACCACUCCCAUUCAUUGCAAGAGGACUUAUAGGAAUGCUGCUCAACCGCUUCUUUUCCUCAAAAUCGAACCGGCCUCCUCCUCGCUGCUGAGAGAAUCUGUUUCUUCAUUGAUGAGUGAAGAUUAUGCAGAAGAAGCAUCAUCUGCUACUGAUCAUGAUCACUCAUCCCCAAAUGCCGCUUCCUCGCCUUUAAACCAGAAGAUUGCAGUGAAUGGUAGUGCAAAAGUUGGCCAUCGGGAGCAGGCCACUGAAUCCUCCUCGUCCAUGGAUUUGUCGUCUGAUAUUGAAUGGAUUGAAUCUCACAGUUCUUCAGUGAAAGAAGCAGAUAAAAGGCUGAGCUCCAAUCACAGGGAAGGAGAGGGGAUUGUUGCAACUGGUAAAAGGGAUGCGAACAUCCGGAUGAGCUCUGAGGAAUCUAGAGAAGUGAUACGUCAAAAUUCUGGCGGCGGUUCAUCUACUAGUGCAGAGGAACUGCUUGUGGAUGGAAGAACAAACUCUCCACCUCUAAACGAAACGAGGGAGAGCCAUGAAAAACAAUUCGAGAAUGAGGUGCUAAACAUAUAUCCGCAAGUUGAAAUGCACAAGGGAAUGGCAUUGGAAAAUGGGAUGGCUUCUUCAGCCAGAAGAAACCAUCACGUGACAGGCUCGACAAGCAGUGAGCGCAAGGUGUGUAGAAUGGAAACAAGGAGCCUUGUUUCGGAAGGGCGAAUUCAGCAAUUGGAAAAAAGGAUAAAGAUUUUGGAGGGAGAAUUGAGGGAAGCAGCAGCCCUUGAGGUGAGCCUUUACUCGGUCGUUGCAGAACAUGGAAGUUCCAUGAGUAAAGUCCAUGCUCCAGCGCGGCGCCUCUCAAGGCUAUAUUUCAAUGCCAAUAAGCAGAACCCGAAAUCAGGGAGAGAAAGUGCUUCUGAAAGUAUUGUGUCUGGAUUAGUUUUAGCUGCCAAAGCAUGUGGUAAUGAUGUUCCUAGAUUGACUUUCUGGCUGUCCAAUGCCAUAGUACUAAGAGCGAUGAUCAGCAAGUCGUUUGGCGACAGUCAGAUUCAGAUACGUAAUUCUGGAAAGAAGAAAUCAUCAGCAGUUGCAAGGAGAGGGGGAGAGAAGGAGAAUCUGGUGGAUGCACUGGAAAAGGCACAAGGAUGGAUAUUUUCCAGAAUCAUAGAGUCACUGUGGUGGCAGACUUUUACACCACACAUGCAGUGUGGUGGUAAUGGAACAAGGCAGCAGCAAGGGAACUUCUCUGUCAAACUGUGGAAGAAGGCUUUCAAGGAUGCGUGCGAGAGGAUAUGCCCUGUUCGAGGUGGAGGACAUGAUUGUGGCUGUUUACCUAUUCUCUCCAAACUGAUUAUGGAGCAACUGGUCGCGCGCUUAGAUGUGGCUAUGUUCAAUGCCAUCCUUCGAGAAUCAGCUGAUGAAAUUCCAACAAAUCCGCUAGCAGACCCGAUCACUGAUGCUAAUGUGCUUCCAGUUCCACCAGGAAAACCUAGCUUUGGUGCCGGUGCACAACUCAAAAAUGCGAUUGGGAAUUGGUCGAGGUGGCUGACUGAUCUGUUUGGGAUGGAAGGCGAUGACAAGGACGAGGCAAGAUCACCAAAACCUUUCAGUCUGCUAAACGCGCUGAGCGACCUUAUGAUGCUUCCCAAGGAUAUGCUAUUGACCCCGUCCAUUAGAAAAGAGGUCUGUCCUACAUUCGGCCUACCACUGCUCACCCGGAUUCUCAACUCUUUCAUCCCCGACGAGUUUUGCCCCGACCCCGUUCCUGCAGCUCUUCUUCAAGCUCUCAGUACACAGGAUUUGGAACAGGACUCGAUAGUGAACCUUCCGUGCGAGGCAGCACCUAUUGUGUAUCACCCACCAUCACCCGCUACUGUCUUGGCCGGUCGUUCAGAGCUCAAUAAAUCACAGACAAGCGACGACGAGCUCGACCAGCUCAACUCACCUCUCAAAUCCCUCACCCUCCGGUCGUCAGUCAGAACCCCAAGUUGCGUUAGGUAUCAACUGCUUCGGCAAGCAUGGAAAGAAUAGCCACUGUACUGUACAAACACCCCAAUAUUUGCAAGGUCUUAAAUGUUUGUUGUUGCUUCUGCCA